AUGGCCGCUGCUCAAAGGAAUCCUCGCCAGCUCCAGUUCAAGCUGGUCCUGCUCGGCGAGUCGGCCGUCGGCAAGUCGAGUCUCGUGCUCAGAUUUGUUAAGGAUCAAUUUGAUGACUACCGCGAGAGCACGAUCGGAGCCGCUUUCCUCACACAAACCGUCAGCUUGGACGCUCAGACCACAGUCAAAUUCGAGAUCUGGGACACUGCGGGACAAGAACGAUACAAGUCGCUCGCCCCCAUGUACUACCGCAAUGCCAAUUGCGCCGUGGUUGUGUACGACAUUACGCAGCCCUCUUCGCUCGACAAGGCCAAAGCAUGGAUUCGCGAACUGCAGCGUCAGGCUGAUCCCAACAUCAUCAUCGCUCUCGCAGGCAACAAGGCCGAUUUGGCAAGCACACGCCGCGCCAUCCCGACCGAAGAGGCGGAAAAGUACGCCCAGGACGAAGGCCUGCUCUUCCUCGAGACGUCGGCCAAGGACUCUUCCAACGUAUCGGAGCUGUUCACCAUGAUCGCACGCAAGCUGCCAUUGGAGCAGGCAGCGGACUCGCAACGCAGUGGCGCUGCUGGUCGCGCUGGUGCGGCUGCGGCGGGUGGUGCUGGUGCAAGGCCAGGGGUCGACCUCAGAGGACAGCAGGCAGGUCAACAGCAGGAUGCUUGCAACUGUUGA